AUGAGAAGAUUCAAUAACACCUUUGAUUACAACAAUGGCUUUAUUCUGGUGGGCUUCUCUGAAUGGCCCAGACUAGAAAUGGCUCUUCUUGUGGCCAUCUCCAUCUUCUACAUAAUGACCCUCGUUGGGAAUUCAGCCAUCAUUAUCUUAUCCUGCCUUGAUCCCAUACUCCAUACACCCAUGUAUUUCUUUCUGGCCAAUCUCUCCUUUUUGGACCUCUGCUAUACAACUUCCACUGUUCCCCAGAUGCUGAUAAAUAUACGGAGCCACCAGAGAGACAUUAGCUUCAUAGGAUGCGUAGCUCAACUCUUCAUCUUCCUUGGUCUAGGAUCCACUGAAUGUGUACUUCUCUCAGUAAUGGCCUUUGAUCGUUAUAUAGCAAUUUGCCAGCCACUCCAUUACAUGGUUAUCAUGCAUUCUCGACUAUGCCAGCAAUUGGCAGCAGUGGCUUGGGUAACAGGUUUCAGCAACUCCUUGGUGCAGACAGCUUUCUUGUUAUCUCGCUGUGGUCAACACCAAGUGGAGAAUUUCUUCUGUGAGGUACCUGCCAUGCUUCAGUUAUCAUGUGUUGAUACAUGGAUCAAUGAAGUGGAGAUGUAUGCAGCUGUGGUGGUCAUAAAGGUCAUCCCAGUUGGAUUAAUUCUGUUUUCUUACAUCAACAUUGUCAAAGCAGUAGUAAGCAUCCAAUCUUUUGAGGGUCGCAAGAAGGCCUUCAAUACGUGUGGGUCUCAUCUGCUGGUGGUUAUUAUGUUCUAUGGCUCUGCCAUUAGUGGUUAUGCAUAUAUGGCACCUAAGAGCAACACAGCCAAAUUGAAGGGCAAGCUUCUUGCACUUUUCUAUGGACUCAUAACUCCAAUGCUCAAUCCCCUCAUCUAUACCUUGAGAAAUAAGGAUGUUAAGGGAGCAGUGAAGAAGCUACUAGGAAGAGAACAAGAGCAAGGUCAGAACGUGGCUUAA